GUCAAAACUGAAUGACUACGACCGCUCGCUGUUGGGAAAACAGCUUAAAAGUAUACUAUUUUCUCUGCUAAAACUCAAGUUGCUUGGUGAGUUGGAUUGAUAUCUUAGCAUGCAGCGAGGGUAACAAACUAUCGUGGCAACGGAAUCUCAGAAACGCCGAUUCAAAACACCGAAACGGAAACACGUUUGUUUCAACAUAGAAUCAAACAAGGUAAGAAACUGAUUAUUUUAAUUCGAGUACAACGAAAGAUAACUCAACCUCUCUCUCUUUUUACUUUGUUUUGGAGGGAAACAAAUCAACAGAGCAAAAAACCUUUCUUUCGAUAACAUGCAAGCAUUUUAUUCAAGAACCGUUUUCAAUUAUCUUAGCGGUCAAACAAAAUAUUCCGCUGUUCCCUGUUCUUAUUAUGCCCUAACCUGUCAGCGCUAAUCUUGGCGUGGUCUUGUAAGGCAGCAUUUUAAACUGCUCGAAAAACGAUGCUAUUUUACUGCCUGACGUAUCAGAGUCUCAUGGAACUGUUCUUUUGAUAAUCAGAAAAGCGUGUUUUAUUACUUGUCAGAAUAACAUCUCGACAACUUCUAUUUUAAGUCGACUCUUAAAUACGCGUUAACUCUCACUGAUUAUUACUCUUAGAUACGGCUACAACAGUCUUGGAUAAAGGUGUAUAAUCCAUGUCUUGGCAUUACAUACUUUUAAUUUAUUAGACGUAUUAAUAAAAAGUGUGUGAGAUAAGCCCGUGUACUAUAUUUUCCACUACAGUUUAGUCAACACAGUAUCAAGGACUGACAAGGCCGUUUAAGGCUUGCGUUAGAAACGACAAAGCACUGACCUUCCCUACGUUUUUAUAAGCUCUCUCUUGCUUUGCGGUGGCAUAUCAUCUGAUCUUCUUGUCUUUGGUGCUUGAAAGAAUUGCCUCGUUUUUCCCGAUAGUUCAACAAUUACCCUGCCAAUCAAAUCAUAGAAUUUCCAAUGGACCUAGAAUCAAAAAGACACAAACAAAGUCGUGCAAAGCUAGUUUACGUACAGACACACAAGUUUCAGUGUAAAAUGUAAGUUGCAUAUACUGUUAGAGCGGUUUUCACUUGACUGUCGUAAAACCAAGACCAAAGUAAAUACACUAGCCAACCAAAGGGCGUAGUAAAACCAAAACCAAAACCAAAACCAAUUACUUUCGACAGUCAAGUGAAAACCGCUCUAAGGCCUAUUAAUAAACGGUAAACUUUGUCCAUACAAACGCCUGUGUAAGUUCAGAAGUCUUCUCUGUUGAAAUUUAUGCAUUCAAUGAUAAGAUUAUAACAAAGCUAACUAAUUAUAAUGUAUAGGAAUUCUGAACCAUGUAAAUCUAACUAAUUAUAAAUCAUGUCUUUCGAAUCUCAGUCAUGAUCAGCUGAAAAUGCGAACAGGCAGGUUGAACCAAGUGGUCACAUGACGGGAGCAUUCCACUAGUUCUAGCUACUGAAUGAAGCAUAAUUGUAGAACAGUUGUUACUUUUAAAGUAAAACUUAGAUGCAGGAACCCCUUAGGGCACCCCAACCGGUAAAAAAAACGGCCCUCCCCACCCCUACCCCCCUCAUUUGUGUUAAAGGGUUAGGUUUGAUUUCGACGAAUUCGCGUCGUAGAGUUGUAAUGAAAAUCAACGCGUGAAGGUAAACAAACGGCCACUAACAUUCAUGGCCCUUUUAUUACAAGUAUUUCCAAUUCUUUCAUAUUUCAUUUGUGAGAAAGAGAAUGAUAUGAUACAUAACCUAAGUAUUGAGCCAGCCGAAAAACAGCCCUGGCAGUAUGGAUAUUUUGACAAUUUUUAUCAUGGAAAUGGACCCUCUUAUAAAUUGCCAACUGUUGAUCUACUGCGAAAAAACUAGUACCGCUAAUUGCCCAAGAAAAAUAUAUUGGAUUAAUUUGACAUAUUUCAACAAUCCGUUGGCACCAGUUUAUGGCGGCAUGAGAGAAAAUUUUAAAGGACCAAAAAAAAUUAUGACCUGAAACAGCUUUUUAAAUUCGAUUUAAAUUUUCAAACAGUCCAAUGGAAGACUAUCAAUACUAAAGAAGGAGGUAGGAUAUGGAAAGGGAGAAUCUGUAUACUUGCUGAUGAUGUAUUUUGCUUAUGAAGGUACAGACAUGACACACGAUUAAUUCUUUUGAUUCAGUAAAAUAGUUCUCGUUAUUGUAAAAAGACCACAUAUUUACACUUAUCAAAAGCUGCUAAUUUUUCGGAACGGUGACCCAUUUGUUUGCAUUCACUACCGCAAAAUCGCGUUAACCAUCCGGCGUAAUACAGAAACCGUUUUGAGUUAAUGAAAAGGUAAAAAGCCUACAAAGAAUGUAUCUUUAGAGCAAGUAUUUUCUACAAAUUAGUAAUGUUUGACACGAAACACUUGAAGAAAAAAGAGGGGUUCCAUAAACAGUAAGAUGUUUAAAACAUCUUCAGCAGUAGCUAUGCAAUACACUAACUGAUAAACUUUAGCCUGCAGUGAAAGAAACGCCUAUCGAAUUUUACCUGCAAAAGCAAUCACCGCCGAAUGUAAUUAAAAUCUCUCUUUAUGAGUCAAACCACAGAAGCAAGGAGAAAGGAAGUUUACAAGAGAAUUCAAAUCUGACAAAAACUUCCUUAAAUUCAAAUAUUGCGAACAUGAUUAAUCGCUGUGGAAGUGUAAAAUUAAGUCGCCAGAUGUUUUUCGCUUCAUCCAUUUGUCCGAAAAAUCAGUAGUUUAACUGAGAGCAGCAAGAACUGUUUCAAAACAUGAAUUUUUGUAGCAAUCUGGACAGCGAAGGAAAUGCCGUAGCUAAGAUUGAGUCGGAGCUCCGUGUUAUUAAGCCAUGCCGCAAUAUAUUGAAGAGAAUGACAUAAAAAUUAACAAUGACCCUAUGGGAAGAUAUAUCCAAAAAAAAAAGAAGAACGAAAGAAAAAAAGGUAGAAGGUUAAGUUUCACCAGGCCUGGUUAAAAUUCUUGCGUAAUAUCAGGAGAUAAUAUGGUACAGUGCUUGUAAAUUGUGAAUUGUGCGAAGAGUAAUUUCCUCAAAGUAGAAAAAGUUGCACUUAAGUGUUACAUCAGCUAGACAGUUGAGAAAAGCAGCGAUAAAGUUAAAAAAUACCGGCCGCCACUUUUUCAAAAUUAUCUAAAUACAACCAGAUUUAAUCCCAGUUCACCCUUCACACAUUGUCGCGUCUCUUAUGCUCUUCUCGCCAUCAUAUGAAACUUAUAAGCGGACACGGAGAUUUCAUUUUAAUUUAAAGUGCUUCGAUGCCCAAAAUUGCGUGACCAACAGUAUUGUCAUAGAAACGCCUGACAGUUGGUCGAGUAAUAAACGGUAUGAUUGCGAUAAAAGGCGUAAAUUAAAAACUUGAUUACUACUAGUGAUAGCCCUUAGAAUUCUCUUCUUAAUUACAGUUAGGUAUUAAAAGAUAAAUGACAAAAUAAGAUUGAACCUUUCACUCUUAAUCACGGCGGUCAAAUAAAAAAAUGCACAAAAUAAUUCAAAUUUUUAUUUUUAUUUUUCAUUCAAAAAAGUCUAUGCAAAUGUUCUACUAAAGAGCUUUCAUUUUAAUGGGUAGAACCAUAGAAUUUCGACUACAGAUUGAAAAGUUAAGGUGACCAUGAUACCGCCAUAUGUGGUUUAGGAGUUAACCCAAGAGUGUCAAGAGUGGCCAACAUCAAUUUUCUUCUAACAAAAUCAAAACAUCAUCUAGAGAAACGAAUAGGAGAAUUGACAAACUGAUACCUUAAGGUAAAAUGCAUUGUUCUUUUGGAUCAAUUUAGGUUUGUGGGAAACUGCCCACCUACCCCUCCCCUAAGCCAACAUUUUGCCCGAAGUAAGAAGUAAGUGUUCAUGUUAGCUUAGGGGAGAGGUAGGUGGGCAGUUUCUCAGAAACCUUUAAGGAAAUGUAUUGUGAUCAGUCUAGUUAAUUUGUAGUAUGUGGGUAAGUAUUGGGCCUAAAGAGUAGAAAUGUGAAUUAAAAUAAAAGAGUUCGGCGUUUUCAUCGAGGACAUCCUGUGAUCUGAUGAGUAAUGUAGCACUACUAUACAAUACCUCAGGAAUUUUUUCCGCGUUCGAAAGAAAACAGCUUGGUUUUAUAUUUUCAGUAUAAAUAAUCCCAUCGACUAUAAAUAGCAAAGUUUGCUGGGAAAAUGGGCCAACGUUAAAAAGUUUGCUAGCUGUGUUUUCGUUUCUUAUGUGUUUGUUUGACCAGUUUAUUUUAAAGAAUUCGGUUGACAUGGAGUGCUGUGAUGGCGACCCACGCACAGAGCAAAACAGUAGUUUUUGAAAAUGAUCUUGAUGACGACUUUGUCCGCAUAUUGGGUAUCCUGUGCAAGUGCGCGGGUGCCCAUGCGCAGCGAUGACUUUAUUUUCGUGGUGUUUUGAAUUUAAAAAAAUGUAUUAACGAACGUGAUAAAAGUGUUCGGAAUGGUCGUGACUUUUGUACUGUUAAAUUGACAAGAAGAGAUAACGGUGAAAAUAAUAAUCCCAAGACUUUUUAAAUGUAUAAGACAGAUUUUAGGAGUUGAAUAUGACUGAAUGAAUUCCGAAAAAGAUUGUAAGCGAUCUGCAGCUUAUUUGCCAAGCUUUUAAGACACACACAACUAGGGCUGUGAAGUUAAAGUUUGCAAAUAGAAGUAAGUUUGCAAAUGAGCGGUUUUUAUAUUUAUGCGGUUCUAAGUAAUUGCAUUCAAACUUCUUGCGUAUAUGGGAGUCAAAUUAAACAUAAAAAAUAAGACAUCGUUGUCGGUUUAGACUAACACUAAUUGAAAGUUGAUACAUUUUAUUACCAUAUCUCGCUCAUGUCAAUUGUUCUAUUCCAGAGUCUUAUUCAUUCUCCUAAGCAUCCUAAUCGACUCUGGUACUGAGUGGUAAAUUUAAGAAACUAUACACUUUUGACCGUGAAACAUAUUUCUUGCGGAUGAAAUUUUGCGUUAGUUUCUAUUUGCGGGAAAGUUUUGUUAUAUGACGAUGGCUGAAAAAACCUAGUAAGUGUAACCAGUGGAAAGUGAUCAAUAUGCAUGACAGCUAUUCAUCGAAGCUGUCCUAUGUAAAUUACCUAUUUAGCAAAGUGUCUGAGGAAGUUUUACCACUGAAUUGUUUUAUACUUCAAGCUCAAAGGGUAGCUCAUUUGUCACGGAAAAUACUCUCUUCUCGCAAGAUAGAAGUUGCAUUCAAAGAGCAACCGCAAAUUACCUACAGUCAUAGCUGAUAAAGAUUCCUCAACCAUAACAAGUUAUGGGUCUUUCCCAGUAUGCGCCUUUUUGCAUCGACGAAAAAAUUGGACGAAGAGGGAAAAGUACUCCAUACAAACGAUAUUAAUAGUAAGUAUUCCAUACUAGCAAGGCGGACAAAAAAUAUUAAACCGUAUUAUUUGGACUUUGGGUACUUGAAGACAAAGUCAGUUGUGCUUGGUAGUUCAAUAAAUUCUUAUCAUCCCUGUUAAAGCUACAUAUCGAGAUUAAAAAUGCAAAUUAAAAGCCCACCUCCAUGUCAACAGUUUUAAAUGUCCAGUGAGACAAACAGCAAGCAAUAGAAACAGAGCAAGGUGUUAAUAUGCGUCUCUGUUGCAAGUGAAGCCGGCAAUGAAAACAAUAAAUUUUCGUUUUACAUGUUCGCCACAAAGGAAGCGACAGAUCGUUUUUCGGCAAUGGACACUCUGGAAUAAUCUAUCUAUCGCGGCAUGGUAAAAGGUAACUGGAAAAAUGGGAGCCACAAAUUUAAACGGCUUUCUUGUUAAGGGAUAUCUUUUUAAAUAACGUUCUGUUUAAAGAAAAAAUGAAAACUAAAAAUAAAUUAAAGAAUAAAACAAUCGCCAGCACCAAAUUUAAUUUGGCGGUAAACACUUUUUACGCGGUUUUGCGAGGGAUUAAACUUAAUUACACACUACAGCUGUAAUUCAAAAGGCUGGUGACUAUGUUAUUUCGUUGAUGAACGAAUUAUCUUCGUUCGAGAAUCGUCGUUUCAAUCACCUUUAGGGAAAUUAACCUUCGAAGCUAUUUUGUAAAUACAUACAGUACUAUGAUCUUACACAGGAUUUAACAACAACAUCAUCAACGAGGUAAAGAGACCAGGACAUGCAUAUUAAGUUUAUAUCUAGGUUAAUUUAUUGCCUUUAAGAAGUUUCUAUGUCGCCUUUUUAACUGCCGAACCCUGAGUCAAAAACAAAAGGAAAAUUUAAAAAAAAAAUAGACGUCGGUUUUACUGCGAUGAGAUUUCUGUCAGUGGACGAUUUUAUUUCUUUCCUUUCGAUGGAGGAUUCACUAAUUAUGGCAAUAGCGGCAGAAGGCGGUAAUAAGCUUUCUAUGGUUCUUCGAUUCUCCGCAUCAUUACAAACGUUUAGUAAGUUCUAUGAUUUAUCAGCUGAAACAAAGAAACGCAACGUCAAAUGGGCGCCGUGCUGGACAGCGGUAUACGUUCAUGUGGAUCUUUCUAAAAUUUGCGCAAAUUUGGGUCUUAAUUAUAAUGAUCACAACUUCGCACAGGCGUCGGAGCUCGUUCCUGGGUUUUCGCUGUACUGAAUACUUAUCAAAGCAAAAACUUUGUUCUUGUUGUUGUUUUAGUUUUUUUUUUCAUUCGAGUUGUGGUUCUGCAACAAUUAAAACCUGACAGUUUUUAGCAAAGCCGUUGAUCAUCAACAAAGACAAAUACACAAAUAUAUACUUAUAUAUGUUUUUUAAAUCAGCCAAUAGACUAGGUUAAAUAUAUUGGUGACUUGGCGACUGCUUGCCUUUUAACAAGUGAUAUUGAGAGUUAGUUCACCGCUUAACCUCCUAACUCGCAAUAGCUGGAGAAACAACUUCCCAUCAAAAUAUUUGAACAACAAUUUCGCGAAAUACUUGUAUAAUCUAUAUUUAAUUUGUUACUCAAUACACUGUAGUCUAAGAUAAGAUAAUCAACAACCGUUUACCAUUCGGUGUCUAUAUUAAACUGAAAGCUAAAGGAAUUUAACAGUGCCAAAAUUCAGUCAUGAUUAGCCAUAAGGUUGACAGGCAUUAUAGUUUCCUGUACUGAAGUAUAUUUUGCAUCUAUAGAUAACUGGUAGAAGAGAUAAAGCUGGUAUCACAAAACAGGCCAAACAAACUGGUUUAAAAUAAACGAAAUCCAGAAAUAUUCCCUUCGCACCUUUACUAUUGUUAGAUCAUGAUAUGACUUACCACAAUGUACGGCAAGUAAAUAUUUCUAAACGUCAUCCCAAAAAGAUGAAAUACAAGAAGAAGCACAACCAUUUGCCGAAUUUUAGUUGUUUUUGCGCAGAAUAACACUUCUAUGACGUAAGAAAAUUAACCAAAAUAACACUGUAAGAAAAUUUUCAGAUUUGAUUUUCAGUUUAAAAGAGAAAAGCACUCUUAAAACGUACUACCAAGGUUUCAUUGCAUGAAUGAUAAAUAUCACAGGAUUUCGCCUAACGUUCGCCGGGUAACUUUAUAUAAUGAUGCGAUAACAGAAUCUGCGGAUAAAUGAAGGCUAAACUUGUACAGAAAUUUGUACCUUGUAUUAAGAACAUCUUCAUUUAUUGUUAAGAGGAGGAGCUUUGAGCUGUACAAUACACUUCGCCCGGCCCAACAGUUCGGAAUUGUACAAAAUGGACGCGAUCAUAUCCCUAACAAUGCAUUGGUUAAUUAUUCUAGAAAUAUUACAAAAAUGGAACGCUACCGUUGGGUUUUUGAAGUCAGUGGAAAACUACAUACAGCAGGAUAUUGUGUUUCUGUUUGGCAAAUUACACUAUCUAACAAGCAACUUUUAGCGUUCAGUAGUUCUCUAAUUGCUAUUGCGAAAAAUGGUCAAUCAAACGUACCCUUGGGCGAACCAAAAUACGUCAUGAAUGAUUCACUAAACAGCUAAAACAUAGACAAAUUUCCAGGUUAAUUUCAAUUGCAUCCGAAAAUCCUAAGAAAACUGAAUUACGUAUAUGGUCUACAAUGAAUUUUUCCUUUGAAUGAUUUCUGGCGGCAGGUGGCACUUAUUUUCAUCGCGUACGUGCACCACAACGCCAUUCCCGUGGUAACAAAAAGAAACCCACCAACCGAGCCCCUCCCCUCCGACCGACUUCCCCCGUCCCCCUUCUCCCUCGGGUACGCCUCUCCCACAGCAAAACAGCAGUUACGCAGUUUCGUUUUAAAAAACACACACACACUCACACACACUUCGGCUACUUUUAAUUGUCGCUAUCAACGCUGUUAUGCGUUAUUCAAGUCGUUUGGAAGGCAGAAAUAGAAACAUUAACAAACGAAAUUAAGCUGGAAAUGUUCCCUUUAUUUUAAGCAAAAUUAAGUAAUUACAGAAGAGGACAUUAGUGAUGUUGACAUGUACAGAAUUUUGGAUAAUAAAUAGUUUUCCCAAACGAAAACAAACAACCAGUUUUAAGACAAUAUCAUUACUAAACAUGCACGCUUACAUUUCCAGCAAUUUACAUCUAAUUGCUGGAAAGUUUGCUUUUAGCAUCCUACAACAUGGAAACCAAAUAUUCUUGGCUUCGAGAAAGCUAAAAAUGUCACUUUCAUUCAGAAGAGGUAAAAAUGUCACUUACGUUUAUUUGCAUUGCCUUUUGGUUAAACAUGUUUGUAAGAAUAACAACUUAAGGAGAUGGCUUCAAAUAUAAUCUGCUCAACGUUCGUCGACGAUCGCUCAUUUUUUUUUUUUUUUUUCAAAAAAUGCAUAUCGUCAAGAUUACGUUUAUGCCAAAUUAUCAACUGUGGCAGCGACGAGAGUGACGUGGAAGUCUUUUAAAAGCACUAAUUUUUCAGAUGUAAUUCUGUUACCAAGACAAUCGAAUACUGGUUUUCACCUCAAACUCUACCUGAGGCUGGUCAAUACUCUCCAUUGACACCUGAGUAACUCAUAUAUCAUGAAACACAGAAAUCUGUGUUUUACAACGUACGCGUUCAGUUUAGAAACUGACAGCUAAAUUACUCAUCAGUUUCAACUUCCGAGAAACCGUCCAAUAUCAGCACGUUCUUGUUAUCAGAUUAGGCAAACGCUACACAUCGUAAAUUAUUUAGCCAAAUACGUCAAUUUUAUAUCCAAACUUUUCAAGGCAUCCUUAGUGUUCACUUGGUGUGUACGUAUUCUGCAGCAAGACUCGUUUCAAAGGUAAGAAGGAUCAUUUUUACGGGUGAAAGUUUUCUGUCGUUGUUCAACAGAUAACCUUCAAAUACCUUAGCUAUUAGCGUUUAUUUCAUACGAAUUAAUAGGAAAUAAGAUUGCACAAUUACGUUAUUUUGUGAUUUCUUGGCUCUAUUUCGAUCUUCGAAUGGCAGGUUUUAAAGCAAUUUGCAUUUUUAAAAGUCAUUAUCACUAUUUUUAACAGAAAGAAAAGAGAUUUGGCGAAAACGCUAUACAUUUACAUAAAAUGGUUUUAAUGACAUGAUUUGAAAUAAAAUUGUCAGUAAGCGAGCUCUAAGGCAUGCAUGAUGUUAUAAAAACGUCUAUGGAGUCUGAAUUAUUAAAAGUGAAUCGCCAAAUAGCUUUUCUCUACUUAAACAUGAUUUAAAAUUUUAAGUUCGCAGUCUGAUAAGGGUAUAAUUUCUUUAAGUCACUAAUUUUCCCGACUUUAAAAUCCUUUGUCUAAAAACUCCUCGCGUAAAUUCAUUGUUCGUAGUUUUGACUAAACUGCUCAUUUUGCUGAAAGAAAGAAAACAAUUUUAUGCAGUGCCACAGUAAGGAGAAAAAACUGCUGUGUUUUCAUAUUUCCUUGCAUAGUCACUCGCAGAGCCUAUACUGUUUUAAGGCUGAUAUUGAUCUUCGUUUACUAUUUACGUAAAGGAAACACCUUCAAAAACCCCUUAUUGAGCUUCAGUAGUGAAAUUUUACCUCCGUUGUUUUAUUCUAAUAUACUGAUAUGUCUUUAUUUUUUUGUAUUUCUCCCUCAUCUGUUCCUUAUGAACAAGUCUAGUAUUGUUUUAAUUACACUGUAAAAAAUAUUCUAACUGUUGACAGAGUAAAAUUCCCUUUAUUGAGUCUCUCCUUUACUACUUUAUCUUGGUAGCUGUGUGCUGACUGACUGAGCUGCUUUCACUGGGUAAACAAUAAAUGAUUUCAGGGAAAUCACUUUUCAUAGCUUUUUUUGUUUCCCGUAUUCUUUCAAAAAAUGAACAAGUUUUUAGAUUUUUCCAAAAGUGACAGCUCAAAAAGAAGUACAAAAAAAUUGGUCACAUUUUAACUACUUGAAUAGUCCGUCUUUAUUUUCAUUACAAUUUGUUUCUCUCUUUUCAUUCGUAUAAAAGUCACGUUAUUUGAUACCAGUGACCUUACUCUCUCGUAUUUUGCGAAAUGGUUUAAACAGGACAUGCAGAAAUGAGAUUCAGCAUACUGCACGAUUAUCAGAACAACUGGAAAACCAAAUUAUAAAAAAAACAACAACGAAAGACUGAGUAUAGUGGAUAAGUUGGAAAAGCAUUUAUAAACUGAAGGAUGAUUGUAUUCCCAAAGCAAUGGGACCGCCAAUACCUUCUUUUUUCCACUGAAAAAAGAUCAGAAAAGACGGGUGAUUCGCCAGGACUUUUAACCGUCUUUGUCAUCAACGACUGAUCAAAUUUUCAUCUCUGGAGAAAUUUCCAAAUAGUCAAAGUUCUUAACUAUAACCCGGAAACUUCAAAACCAAAACGAAAAAAUUUAUUAACACUAAUCCUGGGGCUAACGGAUAUACACGAAAGCACACAUGACUGUAAUUAAAAAUAGGCGAGGAAGUUUAAUUAUCUUUAGUCACGUCUCGCGAAAUCUAUCGAGGAACAAGAGAUAAGCGUUAAACUUUGCGACAAAAUGGUUGGGGAGGUCGAAAUCCCCUCCCCACCCCACCUCGUUAAGUCUCGUCCGCAUCUUUAGGCCGCGUCCACACAAAUCCUGAUGUUUUUUAAAACCGCAUAUAAUUUUACACGAAUCAGUCUUUCGUACACUCGAAAGCAGUGGAUCUGCUCACCGAAACCGUAGCUUUUUGAAACGAAACCACUUUAAGGCCUCGUUCGCACGAACGUAGACUUUCUACAAUUCUGCGUCUCAAAAAAUCUUAAAAGUGAGCGAAGCGACCGCUGAGCGACGAAGUCUCGAGGUCGACUUGUUUCGCCUGAAUGGAUUUGAAUCAUAUUAUAAAUUCACGCGGGAAAAAAAUGAUUGACAUAUGCUAUGUCGGGAGCGGCGUGAAACUGAUCACUCACUGUCCUAUUGGUCAAUUGUCAUGACGUCACCGGUAGAAUUUUCCACCGGCGAUUUCACACCAAAUGGGUAUGAAAAAUCCUUUAAAAUGGCAUAAACAACCAGGAAGGAUUUUUAGAAAGUCUAACACAAAUCCGGGUAAACAAUUUGGGGUUUCAAAAUGUCUGGAUUCGUGUGGACCUGACCUUAGUUUUUAAGCGACGUACCAGCAGGUCAUUUGCCACUAAACUUUACUUAUACUGAUUUGGCAAAUGAAAGAGCUUUUUCUCUCAUGAGUUUAAUUAAGUUCGCUGCUUUGGAUUUUCUCGUUAGCGUUAUAUGUUAUUGACUUGUAAAGCCAAACGAGGGCUACUCUAAAAGUCAGCUGGAUUUACACAUAAACUUAAGUUUUGCAUAGACAAUAGAUAUACUAGAAAUGAAGCAAAUUUAUUCACGAUACCUAUUAAAUUCUUGUUAUUAGGAAUUUUCAUUUUUGCUUAAUUCUAAUGCCAUAGCUCUUUGAGCCACCAAAUUAUACGCGCCUCGACUAAACUUGUGCGCUAACUGAAUCAAGAUGAAUCCAUAAAUUUUCAAAAGAAUUAACAAGAGCUACCAUUUUACUUCCCACCUCCCGACCUUUCAGGCUUUUCAAAGAACUUUUUCUUCGCACGCACGUUUAAAAUGUUCUAAGUGCCCAUUUCGUGAUGUAACAAAGACACGCGUGCAACCCCUAUCUGAGCAUCUCUUCACCUGCGGCUAAAAGCUCGCUCUUUUUUGUUUAAUAAACUACUUAAGUGACCCUCAAGGCAUACUUGCGGACACAACACAAUAUAUUUCGUUUGUUUUCUAUUUUCUGUCAGCCUUAAGUCCUUAAUUAAUGGAAUAGUAAGGACGAAUUUCAAUGCAGAAAAAGAAAAAAAGCGCGCAGGGUCGAUAUUGGGUCAGUUUUUAUUAAAAAUAGGCUUAAAAGGCAUCUAAGGGAGUUGUCUAUGGCGAAUUAUUGAAGUGAAACGCUCGCGUUUUUUUUCAAGGUAAUCAUCAAGCAAGACUUCCUAAGGCACCUCGAUAAAUUUGUUUGGGAAACUCCAAAGCUGUGAGAAUUAAUUGACGGAAGUGAGGCGAAACUUUACAGUUUCGUGUUUUGUCAUAGGCUAUUCGUAUGAUUGUUCCUCCUUAAAAUAAUUUGAAAAGCCUCGUUAUUUUCUUUCUUCCGGUUAUAUCGAAACACACUUGAAAGCGAUAGUUGGAUCAGGGAACACUUUCGAGCGUGAAAAAUCGCAGCUAAAACGACUGGAGCAACACACGUGUAGGAUUGCGGUGAUAAAAAGAAUAGAACAAUCACAGAAACACAACGAGAAUAAUUUCAAGAAGAACAAGAAGAAUUUCGGCUUCCAGCUUUGUACUUCGGAUAACUGCGGGCCGCAGACAAAGCUCUGUUGGAGGUAAAGAAAUUGUUUUGAUUGUUUUGGUUCCAGAUCUUUCACUAGGUACAGCUUAACUUGAAUAGAAACCAAGCUGUAUUGUGCUGUCAAACAGAAUACUUUAAACCUUCUAGAAAUUUGAAAAAUCUGAAAAUUUGCAUGUUGGGCCAUUCCAAAGCCAUUCUGAGACUGAACGAAGGAUGGAAUGUCCACUUUGCCUUUCAAGUGCCAUAAAUGAGAUUCUUUUUAUUUGUUUUUGAUCCGCUAAUAGUAUCAAAAAAAAUUUCCAUCUGACAGGUUCAAAAGUUUCUUUUAAGAAAUACGGACAAAACGAUGGUUUUUAAUAAACUGUUGGCCGAAAUCAGCGGAACCAAAAAAGGCUUUAAACUAUAAUGAAAAAAUGGAUCGAGCAUCCUCUUUAUAUUAGAACGCGUAUACUCAUCAUAUAGUUCGAUUCCUUGCCGCCACAUUUAGUUAAUCGACGGAUUUACGAAAUGCAAUGCUUCCAAAAGAAGAAAACGUAUUGUUCGUGAGGGAAAAUAAAGUCUAAAGCGAGGAAAAAUGCGCAAUAUAUUUUCCUUUUUCGGAAGCCACGGACUAUGAAUAACGCAAACUUAUGAGUAAAGCGCACUUUAUUAGACAAACGAUAAAAAUAAAUUAAAAUUGGUUGCUUUGUUUUCUGAAAAUCUAAGUACGACAUGUUUGACAGUUUUCGUCUACUGUUUCCAGUAGCUUACCACCUUAGUCAGUUAAUGGACGUCGAUGUUUGGUGAUCAAACAAUUGACUUAGAAACUCCGAAUUUGCGGAGCUGUAUAAGUUGUUGACACACGGUAGGCAAGCCUAUAUAAAUGGCAUAAUAUGUAAAUGCCAUUUUAUUUUCUCAAGACAGUUUUGGAUACAACCAUGCGAAUGAGAGCACCUUCAUCGCCUUUCAUUGAAAGAGUGUGAAUCGCUAGUGAAUGCGUACAUUAAACCAGCUUAAAACUUAAAAUGGAAGACAAUAUUUGUGCUUGAAGAAGCAAGGGCUAAUAGCAGUGUUUUGAUUCCAUGGCAACGAACAAAAAAAUAUUGUCACCUUUCUCAUGCACCUGUUGGGCCAAUUGUUUUGUAACAACAUUGAGGGGUGGCCUCAAUCUAAAAAGAGCGUGAAAGCCUAUGGAGUUUGCCACAAAUCAUAACAAUUAAUGCUCCCUAUUGCAGCCAGUUUAUUAUGAGAAAUAUUCGGUAGUCAGCGACUACGCUUCAAAGAAAGAAAACAGACCGAGAUUUAGAAAAAUAUACGCAACUCGAAGCGACCGCAAUGCGAGCUAACGAAGUAAAUGGUAGGUUACGUAUGCACGAGUUAACGUGACUAAGAAAGCUUCGCAAAUGGAAAAUAAUUGUCUCAGCGACAAAAAAAGUCGUUGCGCAAUUUAGGAUGCGCAAAGCUGGAGAACGUUCGACUUUCAUGGCGACUUAACAAAACAGGUUGUCAUGCAGUGACGAAAGAGGCGAUUUCCGCAAGAAAAACUGAAAUCACUUGACCUUCGAUUUUAAAUAUCGACAAUUUUGUUAGAAAUCAUCCAUUUGUUUGACAGUCGAAUGCACUGGUUUUUAUUGCCUUUAUUUCUCUGCCAAGCUUUGGAGACGCCUCAACAAGCAGAGGAAGUGUUAGGCUAAAAACAACGCUAGAUUAAUAUAAGCGAGAUUAAGGUCUCUUGUUUAAAUAAUGUGCUUAACCAAUACUUAGUUUCGGACGUAGAUUUAGUUUUGCUUUCAGAUUCUACACAAAACAAAACACUGCUCAAAUAUUCUAUAGUCUUAUGUUACAAUGCGAUGUCUUCCUCUGAUGUUUUCUCUCUAAAUUAAAGUCAUAAAUCUCUCUCAUGUAGGAGGCAGACAAGAGUAAAGAGGCAAAGAAGUCAGAAAGGAAUGCCUUGUAGGGUGAACGAGAAGAAACAUGGAUAACAGAACUGAAAAUUGCCGAAGAUUUCCACCAAGGAGUAAAUUUAACGACGAAGAAUCGACCGCAGUUUUGCGGCUGAUUGUAGAGCAGGAACGCCUCCUUAAGAAGCCGAUAAAUCCAGUUUUAAACAUAAACAGUGACAAACUCAAGAGACUUCCGCCUUUGGGCGGAAAAAUGCUCGAUCAUGCUUCGCUUGAUGUUACUGCUUUAGAAUCGCAUCGGACUCAAAGAAGGCCAAGGUUAGACGAAGACAUCGUACUCAGCAGGCCAACACUUUUAAAAGGGAAGGAAUUAAGAGCAACUGAAGAACCUGCGUCAAUGGGAAGGCCCAAGGUUCCCGAGAUUUACAGCACGCCGAAAAUCGCGCGGCCUAGAGAACGCGAGAGACCUCGCGCGUCCUAUGGAAGAUCUACCCAGGCACGUAGCCACAGCUGGGAAUCACUCGCUCGAGCAAAAAGUCUCGAGGAAAACCAAAGCUAUUCUGCGGACGAGUUUGUUUUGGAAAGACCGUCAAAUCCGACUCCACUAUUACAAGCAGACAACUUAUUAAGCCAAGGUAAUGUAUCGAGGCCUGCACCAGACAUUGGCAACGAAAGUGACGAGGACGUGAUGAACAUUAGAGAGCAACAUCCUUCUUACAUAAACUAAUGCUGAUUGGGAUCCUAAAAUAUAAAGAAAAGAAGCAAAUGUUGACAAGAGUUAAUACGGAUGAAAAGCAUUCGAGGUAGGAGAAGUAAGAGAUAGCUCAGCGAGGAACAGAGUUGUGAGCUUGAGAUGUCGCAAAUAAAUGUUACUCAAAAUUUAGCGAGAUUUCAAGACCCUAAAGCUAAAUGAAAGGAGAACGCAAACGCGGAAGUCGACAACAAAAUGCAAUGUUUGGUUUUACAGCAUCUGGAAGACGUUUAGCUUAUUCAUUUGCUCCUCACUAUAGAGAACUGAUUUAAAAUUGAUGGAACUAAUCACGAGUCACCAAACCGCACAAGUGACUGAACUCAUCCGACAACGUAAUGGCGCUCGAUGAUAGCCCAGGAUAUAAAGACAUUUUCUCGAUGCAGAAAACUAUCUACGCUACGGAUUCAGAGCUGUUCGUUGGUUCCGCGUUUCAAGCUGAGAUUUUUUGUCACAAGGUAAAGGGACCAUUAAGCCCUAUGGUAGUUUUGUUCUUCAAAAAAAGAAUGGUAUAGUGUAGCUAACAGUUGCUGUCGAAAAAAAUAGUGAACUUUUGUUUUCAAGAUCAAUUGACUUGAGGAGGUAUUCAAACAAAACUAGGACUAGGCGGAAUAAGAAAAGAAUACUGAAUGACGCAAAUUUAUUUUUAUACGAAACUAAGAAAAACAACUUUUGUAAGUUAAAUACAACUUAAUUCCCAAUACCCAUAAUCGAUGAAAAAACAAAAAUAUAUCAUAAAGCCCUCGAUGUUGCCCUGUUUAAUGUUCAGUGAGAUUUACAAGUAGACAGUUAAUUUUUCGGUUAUACCUAUUAAAAGUUUCAAGCCAAUACCAAUUCAACGAACGACGUGCUCUGUCAAAGCAAAUAUUACUCUAUAAAUAACGCAUUUACGGUUUAUUGUCGAAUAGAAUUUCUGCAAGCAUCUGAAGAUCUUAGAUUCCAGUUCUAAAAUUGACAAUAUGCCUUUAACAGAGAGAGGUGUGCAUGCGCUGAAAAAAGAUAUAUUAUCAAAACAAAUUUAGAAGCGCGGCCACCACAAAAAAAUUUAUUUGUGGACAUGAAAUUUUACAGUAGAUUUAAGUACAAGGUUAGCCGUCCGGGUCAAUUUAACCGCAUAGAGACAUGACAAAAAGACAACAUUAAUCUUUAUAU